CUAUGGCAGUCUCAGUCCCAUCCAUGUUAUCUCUAUAAUCUCCUUCUCAAACUUUUUUUUCAGUGCGUGGAUCGAGUUCUUAGCUGUGGCAUAGGGGAGUUGAACGCUUUCGCCGUUGUUCGACCACCAGGUCAUCAUGCAGGUAUAUCCGAACCGAGUGGAUUUUGCAUUUUCAACAAUGUUGCCAUAGCAGCUCAGGUUUGUGGGCAGACU